CUGACGUCACUGCAUUCUGAAAAAGAUACAACAACAAUCUGCAGAGCAGGCAGAGAUACACUGUGAGCAGACCUGGGGACCACACACACACUCACACAGGGGAUCAGGGGUCCAGCAAGGCUGCAGACAUGGUGUCUCCUGUCACUGUGGUGAGUUACAGCAUCAGUUAGCCUGGCAGGUAUAUAGGGCAUGACACAAAGGGCUGCAUGAUGGAGGGGGAGGGAAGGGGGGCACACUGCAGGUGGGGGAUCUGAUGGCAGGCCCUUUAAAUUGCUGUCAUCCUGGGCAUCAACAGAUUGUGUAUCUAGCUGUUUGUCUGUCUGUGUUUUAUUCUGUAUGUGAGGUGUAUGUGCUUCAUACAGUAUAUAGGCACUGUGUACAUGUAUGGGCUAAUGUGUUCUAGUGUUGUAUAUGUGUAAUGUGUAUGUGUGUAUGUGGUUUUGUAUUUUCUAUGGAAUGUGUGUAUGUUUGUGUGAAUGAUGCUAUUUUUGUAUAUUCUGUAUAUAUAUUGUGUAAAUAAUGUUUUUUUUUCUAUAUCCUGUGUGUGUGUAUAUGUGUGUAUAUAUAUAUAUAUAUAUAUAUAUAUAUAUGUAUGUAUAAAUAAUGUUAUUUUUCUAUAUGCUGUGUAUGUAAGUUUUUAAAUAAUGUUGUUAUUGUAUAUGCUGUGUAUAUUAUGUGUAUACACUGUCAUACUGUAUAUAAUCCAGUGAAAAUACAGGCUAUACAGCUGUACACAGAGAGGAAGGGGCGCUCACACAUUGUAUCUGGGUGCUGUGUGGUGCAUUGCUACAUUGUGUGUUACAGCAUGAAAACACCCAUGUGACUUGUUUUCAUGCGUGUUAUUGUUGUGCUGAGCUGCAGUCCUACCCAUUGGGAGGGCCCUCACCUCUUGUAACAGCCCACAUUGGGGUGCAGGAAGAGAAAGUCCCCCACAAUGCAGGGACAGACUGGGACAAAGAGCUGGCAAGCCUUACUGUGCUAUUAAAGAGACAUUAACCGUGUCAGUGCUGCAAACCAUAACUAGGUUAAUCUUCAGCACUCACUGGCUUAACUCCAUCAUUGCCAGCUAACUGUAACAGGCCAGAGUGGCCUAUCUUAACCUUACCACAGUCAGACUGCAACCCCCAUGAAGCACAGCAAGCCAGAGUUUGACUGUGGGUCGGUAGAAUGUUUGUUUGUUUGGCGAAACAAUAUAGAUCAUCACCCUUACAACGUGUUAUUGAGAGUGGGGUUUUGACUUGUUAGAUGCUGGAGGAGAGGGAUUCCUACAGAGGAGUUUCCCACCCACCCCAUUAAACAAGGAAUUGUUCAGAAUUAAAAUAAGCUUCUUCGUAAUUUUUCUAUUUCAGCUUCAUUUUAACCUCAGAUUUGCAGUUCCUUUGUCACCUCUCAAACAUUUGCCGAGUGCAUAAAUCCAAACGUAUAUAGCACUGAGAGGGUUAAAUAAAUACACACAUUUAUAGAAGAUCAAGAUGAAGAUAAAAUAGUGGGAUAUGUAUCAUAUAUGAUAGGUAGACCUAUAAACACAAUAGGGUUUAUUAACUAAACGCUAUUAAAACAUUAAAUGCAACAUGCCAGGACUAUAGCCAGAGCAGAGAUAUUGGAUUUGCUUUGCAAUUCAGAACCAUUUGGAAUUUAGUAAAUAAAACCUUAUCUGUCUGUGGAUUUAACAUCAUGCAGCAUGCGCCUUCAGCUGUUUGAGAUUCUCCCUCAAUUACCUCUCCAUUCCCUUUAUAUUUUACCAAUAGCUGCUUCUCUCUGUUAACUCUUUUAGCCAUCACCUCCAAAUUUCUCCAAUUACCUUUUGUCUCAAAUCCCUAAUUGUACUGCGCUGCGGAAUCUGUUGGCGCUUUAUAUAUACCAGUAAUAAAUAAAUUUAAAUAAUAACAGCACAUCAAGGCUAAGAUAGGCAAGAUAUGACAGUAGCUGAGUCGGAGAAUUGUAUAAACCACGCCAGACAAUAAGGCCUUGCACAAAGUGACAAUCACAACCGCAAUUAAGAGUUCUGAGCUGCCUAAUUGACAGUUAUUGGGGGGUUCUCUUAGAGUGGAAGUGAUUUGUGCAAAAACAAAACACUGAUAUGACCCACUCUCAGCAAGAUUGCUACCACCACAAGUGGUUAUGGUGGUUGGAGUAACCCUUUAAGAUGAAUUGGAAAAAUGAUCUGUCUGCUAGAUUGGCCUAAAAUGUGAAAUUCUAUUUGAAUUAACACUUUAGUAAAUAGACCCAUAAGUGUCUACAAGGUGACUCUUAAUAUUGUGAGUGGACUGAGUAUUUAUAAUGGUAAUCUUGCCAUUUUGUUCUAUAAAUGAGGAUCUUGUAUUUAAAAUAAUAUUGGCAAAUCCAGUAUGAAAUAGAGUAGAUUGAUAUUAAUAGGGUAAAUUGCUUAACUCUCCGAGUUCCACAAAGUAAAAAGGUGUUAUUUGUUAAUCAGAUUCAUUAAAAGAAAAAAGGAAUUAUUGGCUAUUAAAUGAACAUGGAUGAUCUAAGUUCCCCUCUGGAUAUAUUAAUAACAGUUUUAUUAUGAAUAGAUGACUCUACCAACAGAUGUUGUCAGAGCUCUAGUAAAAUUACUCCCAUCCAACUAACGCUCUUGAUAUUGACUGGGAAACUGACAAACACAUACAUGUUGUUUUGUUACAACUACCAUUACUCUCAGCCAGUAGUUGGUGAUGAGCUCAUACGGGUUGGGCCGGCCAUCUUCACCUACUGAUCCCAUAUGUCAUACAUGUUUUAUUAGAAUAAAACGCUUUCUUGUUUACCUUUUGUACAGCGCUGCGGAAUAUGUUACCACUAUAUAAAUAAUUGUACUUGGGAGAUACAAUCUAGCAAUAAAUGUUCGUAAACUAGUGAAUUUUGUGCAGGGAGCAAAAUUAACAAGUUUGAAUAAUUUUUCAACUUUUGCCACUAGAAUUGGUGUGAAAAAAAGUGACUUUUUUUUUUAUACAGCUGGUUGAAAAUUUGGUUUUGAUGGCUAUUGCACCUAUAUCAUGCACUCAGCAUACAGUAGGGAAUCUUUGGCACACCAAAUGUUGUGGACUAAGGUCAUUAUGCUUUUACAUUCAUAAUGUCCACGACAUCUGGAGUGCUUAACAUUGCCUGCCAUUGGCAGUAGAUAAUGUGAUGUUUCUCAUGUGUGUUUGGGGCACAGGCAUUGACUGUCAUCCAAUGCAUGUACUGUGUAUGUAUAAGGCAGACACACUCUGCUUCAGCACGACAGAGCAAAAACAGACAAACAACUCCUUUCUUUAUUUAAUUUCUUUCUUUUUUUAUCUCACAACUAUCACAGAGACAUAAAGCAUGAAAUCGUUCUAAUUACUUUAAACAGAGCUACUACUCAAAACUCUCAGGCCUUUUUAGAAACUUGAAAGAUUGGUAUAGGCUGCCUAAGUGUAAUAGGAGUUAUGAGUCACAGAACCGAUAGAAGAGGCAAGAUGUGCGCUACCUCCCCUUACAUAGUACUUUUAUUUCUAAACACCCAUUUCAGGCCGCCCAAUGAUUGAGCUUUUAUUGUGGACAGCUACAAUAAAUGCUCAGUCAUUGGGCCUUUAUAUACGUUUGUUUACUUGAUGGCGGAUUUGUUCAUUUUAGGGCAAAUCACCCAAAUUUGAAAUGUUUCCUACUCCGCUAUUUUUCUAGUAUUUUCAUUUUGGCUGAAAAGUUUGCAAAGUUUGUAUUUUCAAUUUUGGGGAAUGUAGACCACUGUAGUACCAUUAACUGUGACGGUCAUCAGAGCUUUGGUUGUGUCUUGCGCAAUCAGAAGUUACUGCAGGACAUUAUGGUAGGGUUGCACAACUUUUUUUUUACUCCAUGCUUGGAGGAUUAAACACUAACUAAAGAUAGAGUUCAGGGAAUCCAUAGACCCCUCUACGAGAAAGGAUCGCAGGGGGCAAGAUCUCCAGAUAGAAAUUUCAGCCUACCCUGGGAUGAAAAUGAUUGCUCUGCCCUCUUAUUCAAUCUUUUAAGUUAAUUAACAAAACAAAACUCAAGAAAUAUGUUAUGCACUUGUUUCAAAAUAUUUGUUUUAGUAAAGAUACAGUGUGUUCUUUAACAUAUACAUUGUUGCUAGAUUUUCCCACGAUACAUUUUGGAAGAGGCAAUUGUAAUCUGUCUGGCAGCCCAGCCAUGAUACAGACUUUCAGGGUUAUUUGUGUAAUUUGUCAGGAGUUCAAAGUGGAUUGUUAGAGGUUUAUCCACUAAACUCCAAAUUGUAGCAAAUUUAAAUAUGAAUGAGACCAAAUUAAGGCUACAGAGCUAAACUACAUUGACCCUGUCCUUUUAACCCUACAAUGUAAAGCAGUGGUUCCCAAGCCAGUCUUCAAAUACCUCCUAACAUUCCAGGAUGUAAGGGUUACCCAAUUGUGUCUAAGGUGUUUAAAAAAAAAAAAAAAAAACUUUAGACACAACAGGGUAAUCCCUAAAUCCUGGACUGGUAGGGGGUACUUGAGGACUGGGUUGGGAACACCUGAUGUAAAGCAGUGCAGUUUUUUUUAUUUUUUAGAAACCGUGAUGUUUACAAUGCUGGGUUACAUCCAUCUUCCUGUCAGCCACUAGAGGUUUUUCCACUGGACUGACCAGGUAAAACUCUGUCAUGUGAUGCAAAAUAAUGUGAUGCCAAACUCAGUCUUUGAUUUAAUGCUUUCUUAUGGGGAAGCUUUGAUGGGCAUUGGGUGCUCAGUGUGAAUGUGCACCAGGUACCCAAUGCGCCUUGAUGAUGUCACAGUAUGAAGUGAGGUAAGCAGCACCGAGGAAGCGCUGGAAAAGGUAAGUAAAACUUUUGUUUUAUUAUUUUUUUAAUCGCACACACAGGGCUGGGGAGCUAUUUAACCAGAGACAGGGACAGUAAAGCGUUAGGAUCCUGGGUUUCUGCUUCUAAUGCUAUAGUGAUCCUUUAAGUUGGAAGUGUUUUCCAGGUUUCGAUUGAACUUUGAAUAACGCUGUCUUUGAGAUUGUAACCUACCAGCAGGUGUGACUUAGUUUAUAGUUUACUAUAAACUCACUAUUUGACAUCCUUGGUGUUCUGUCAUUAGAGAUUAGAGGCUGUAUCAGAAAGUAAAUGGAUACCGGAAUAGAGCUAUGAAAUCUGUGAGAACUACUGUUACCGGGAACUGACAUUAAAGUGUCAAGGUGUCUCUAAUUUAAUAUAAAAGGGGCCCCAGAUGGACCGGGUACAGUGCAUCACUGAUACCAGGCAUAACAACCCGUGGUGUCUCCUUGGCACACAGGAUGAAAGAUACUUGGUUUCUUAGCCUGAUCUCAAUCUUGUCAGAGCAACUUGUGUUUAUUUAUAUAUUUUCAUAAAGCUUCUAUUGACUCACUUAAUGGUUUCAUUUCAUAUUCCAGGAAGUGGCAUCCUUUGGGCAUGUCUUAAAACGCAGCCAUUACACAUCUCGUUGAAACCUUUUUAUGUUACAGUGAAUUUUUAUUUUAGAAUUCCAUCUCUCACUGAACUACAAAUCCCAUGAACCUUUGUACCAUAAAAUUAGAAAGAUGGUUAUUCAAUAAAGUGAGCAUUCAAGGUGCAUUUUAAAUUAAAGGUAAAAGUUUCCAAAAUGGAAACAGUCUUUAAAGAGGCACUAUAGGUACCCAUACCACAUUAGCUCAUGGUGGUUUGGAUGCAGUCAGUUUAACCCUACAAUUAUAAUUAGUUAUUGAUAAAUUGCAAUAAUUACCUUGCAAGGUUAACUCCACUUCUAGUAGCUGUCUACCAGACAGUCACUAAAGGCGCGUUCCCAGGUCGUUACUUGACUUUUGGUCACCUAAUUGACUCUGGAAGUCCUCAUGCUAUGCACGAGGUCAUCCAGAGUCAGCUGAAACCUCAAAGGAAAGCACUGAUUUAAUAAUUUUCUACGUGGUUGUCCUAAUGCGCUCGCAACGCUCGAUGCACAUGCGUAUUAGGUCUCCAACGUCGGCUGACUUCAAGUAAGGAUGUGCGGAGGCAGAGCCUGACCCAGCGCUGAGGGAUAUCGGCGCUGGAAUCAGGUAAGUGAAUUAAGGGUUUUUAACCUUUUGUGUGCUGUGGUGAUGGUGGUGGUGAUGAGGGGAGGAGUGAGCAAGGGGGGAUCCUAUAGGGUACUAUAGUGCUCGGAAUGCAAUUUUGUAUUCCUAGCCUUUAAUUUUCAUUUAAGUCACCUGUGCUUGCUGUUUUCUACAUUGGCCUUAAAGGAACACUAUAGUCACCUAAAUUACUUUAGCUAAAUAAAGCAGUUUUAGUGUAUAGAUCAUUCCCUAUGAUUGACAGAGCCUGCAUGAAAAAAAAAAAAACUGGUUUCACUUUCAAACAGAUGUAAUUUACCUUAAAUAAUUGUAUCUCAAUCUCUAAAUUGAACUUUAAUCACAUACAGGAGGCUCUUGCAGGGUCUAGCAAGCCAUUAACAUAGCAGGGGAUAAGAAAAUCUUAAUUAAACAGAACGUGCAAUAAAGAAAGCCUAAAUAGGGCUCUCUUCACAGGAAGUGUUUAUGGAAGUCUGUGCCAGUCACAUGCAGGGAGGUGUGACUAGGGUUCAUAAACAAAGGGAUUUAACUCCUAAAUGGCAGAGGAUUGAGCAGUGAGGCUGCAGGGACAUGAUCUAUACACCAAAACUGCUUCAUUAAGCUAAAGUUGUUCAGGUGACUAUAGUGUCCCUUUAAAUUUGAAAUUCCCUUUGAAUUCUACCUUUACAGGGCUAUUCACUAAUGUGAGAAUUAUUGGUGAAUUUCAGAUUUAAGGUCGAAGUAGCCAAACUGGGAAAAAUUCUCUUAAUCGGCUAUGCUUCUAGUUCAGUUACUUUGACCUUGGAUUUAAAAAUUCACUUUAAAUUCACCUCGAAUUCUUACUAUAGCAAAUAACCCUGUUAGUGAAUGACCUUGACAGUAGCUGGUAAAGGUUCAUGGCAGAUGUAAUCCACUUGCGAUCAAAGUCUUCCUAUGCCAGGCUAACACUGAUGAUAUUAGCACACUUAUUUGUAUUCCUCAAACGACAUUGCACCUCACCGAGAAGCUGAUUAAUGCCUUUUAUGAAGGGAGAAGUGAUGGAAGGGAACAGUCCAUUUUGGGAGGUCAGCCAGCUUUGAUUGGCUGAGAUCCCAGGCAGAAAUAAACAUUUUGCAUUGAUGUUUAAUUCACUGCAAGGAAAAAAAAAGGAAAUUGCUAGUGUAUCUGCCUUUACUGCGGCACAGGACCUGUCAUUGCAGAUGUAGCCUUGACACGGUUUAUAAAGACUGGGUGAAUGAGGCUGAAAAGACAUUAUAUGGGUCUAGUAAGAUGCUGAGCUGGUAAGAAUGAACUGCAUCAUCUUGAAUGGAAGUACCCCCUAAAUAUAGCAUAGGUCCCCCGAAUCAUAACCAAACAAUGUUCCAUCCUAAAUCAAAGUCAUUAUAACCUCAUCUUAACCGAUUCAAGUCAGCAGUAAUAAUACUGCCUUGAUAUUGCAGAAUUACUCAACAUUUUAAAAGCACUUCUGUGCUGGUACCAUUUUAAAUCCAUAACCGCAGCUGAUUUCUAUGGAUACAUUUGUGAUACAAUCCAGCACCAGUCCUACAUCACUCAGGUUAUAAGUGGCCUGACCUGAUAAAACGAUAAUUUAUUACUGCAUUUAAGACCAGAGUUUUGCAGCAUAAAUGUAUGACAACAUGCAGAAUCACAGGCUGGGAGUGAAGUUAUUUAACCCCUUAAGGACCAAACUUCUGGAAUAAAAGGGAAUCAUGACAUGUCACACGUCAUGUGUCCUUAAGGAGUUAAAUCACGGGGUUAAUUAAAAUUCCUUUAUUCAUUCAACAGCUGACAAACAAACAAACUCAAAGUUGUUUAUUCAGCAAACAGUUAACUGAAGUAAAUUGAAAACUGAAUUGGAAAAAAUAGUCCAAAAUAGUUGAUUUACUAAAAUUAACUCACAUGUUGUGACGGGUUGGCCUGAAUUUUAUAAUCUAGUUUUCCAUUCACUGCAAAUCACUGUUAACUGAAUAAACUUAAAGUUUUGACACACAGUCUUGUUGAAAAAUAUCUAAAGGGGAUAUUCAAUAACAUGUGAAUUGUGGAGCAAUCAUAAUUAAUUUAAAAUCAUAUUUUAGAUUAAUGGAGUUUGGGAAAAAAACACAGUCAGCUAUGUUUUUAGUUUCUCUAAUUUGACCUCAAAUUUGAAAUUAAAUUUUAAUUGUCAACAAUUUACACAUUAAUGCAUUAUUCACUAAAUUCUGAAUUGUAACAAAUUGAUAUCCAAAUGAUAGAAUUAAAGCAACGAUAAUUGAUUACGAGAACUUCAUCUCAACUAAAGUUACAGAUUUGGUAAAUGAGCCUCUCAGAUUUAAUUUGCUAGAAUUCUGAGUUAGUUAAAGGGACACUCCAAGCACCCAGACCACUUCUGCCCAUUGCAGUGGUCUGGGUGCACUCCCACCACUCUUAACCCAGCAAGUGUAAUUAUUACAGUUUUUAUAAACUGCAAUAAUUACACUUACAUGGUUAAGUCCUCCUCUAGUGGCUGUGUAUCAGACAGACACUAGAGCAGGCUUCCCAAAACUCUGGCCCUCCAGAUGUUGCUGAACUACAACUCCCAUGAUUCUAUGAAUGAAAUAGACUGAGAAUCAUGGGAGUUGUAGUUCAGCAACAUCUUGAGGGCCAAAGUUUGGGGAAGCCUGCACUAGAAGAACGACUGGGCUCUUAAAACAUGAAGAGUGUUUUAAACGAUGCUGGACAUCCUCACGCUAUGCAUGAGGACCUCCAGCGUCGCCGGAAUCCCUAUAGGAUAGCAUUGAAUAAUGCUUUUCUAUGGGUAGUUCUAAUGUGCGCGCGUGCCCAUUGACGCGCAUGCACAUUAGUUCUCUCCCGCCGGCUGACGGUGGGGGAGGAGCGUGGGCAGAGCCUGACCCAGCGCUGAGGGACAUCGGCGCUGGAUUCAGGUAAGUUACUGAAGGGAUUUUAACCCCUUCAGCAUAAUGGGAUGGGGGUGGGGGACACUUCAGGAUUCUGCAGUGCCAGAAAAACAAUUUGUUUUCCUGGCACUGGAGAGUCCCAAUAUGAAAACCUUCAGUAAAUUAUCCGCUCAGAAUUCUUCAUUCACCCCCAGUCUCCAGCUAGACCAUAACACAGUGAAUCUGUAAAUUUGGUGAAACAGACGUGAUAACAGUAGUGACAACCGUCUGUGCAAACAAAUGUGUCCAUGUAUUCAUUUUGCGGAAAUGCUCUAGGCACUGUAAAUACAUUGUAUCAUCUACAGCAGUUGAAUCAACAAUUAUUAUAAGCCACUAGGUCUUGAUACAUUAUUAUCUGUUUGUUUGUUUUUUUGUUUAUAAUUUGCUUUCAAUAUUUAUAUUUUUUUUUAUGUAUUUUUUUUAAUUCAUUUUUUUUUACCAUAAUAUUUAAUUUAUAUGUUAGUGUGUUUAAUAUAUUGAUCAAUGUAAACAACUGCAAAUAGCAAUCAGCUUUUACUCUCACUCAUUUUGGGCAGACUGGGAUAUGUAUGCUCCAGUGCAGUGUAAGGAUUAAAAGCCCUGCAUUGCAUAAUCAAUGUUUUUAAUUCACAGUGUGAAAUAACACACCACACAGUGUGGGUUUCUAAAACACAAUCUAUGUUCACAAAUAACAGGCAUAUGCAGAUGAUAUUUAUACAUUCACCCAAUGUGUGGGAACCUCUCUGAUUUUGGUAUGCAGCUUAAUGAAUCAGAAUUGCAAGUUGGCUUGCAAAAUGAUUAGAAAAUGGACAAUAAUCAGGACGUGGACACUCCAUUUCCACUAGUUUUCAAGUAUGCCGGGAAAUCGCAGUGUUCUAAUUACCUAACUUUUUGAUAUUGUGAUUAUUGACCUUAGAAUGAGGAAAGACUGUAACUUUGCUGUGUUAAGACCUAUAAAUGCUGCAGAAUGAAAAUUCUCACUGUUUACAUUUAGAAUGUGUCUGGAAUUCUAUGUCCUUUAAGUAAUCUGCUGGGUGUAUUCACUGAAUUGAGACUUCAAAGUGAAUUUCAGAUUCAAGGUAAAAAUAGCCAAAGUGAAACAUCAUCUAAGUCAUCUGCGCUUCCAGUUUGGAUACUUUGGCCUUAAUGGGACACUCCAGGCACCAAAACAACUUAGUCUAAAUGAAGUUGUUAUGGUGCCAGGAGACCCCUGGAUGCUCUCUUAUGUCAUUGGAUUAACCUAUUCUCGAAUGGUUUAACCCCAAAGUUGCCUCCAGCAUUGAUGUCCAAUCCUUUCCAGGUAGCAUCCAGCUUCUGACUUUUCAGAUUUAGUAAGAGCGGAGUGCCACCAGGCAGGGCACUCUGAUUGGCUGAGAGUGACCAGCUGAUGCUCUUAGCCAAUGGAUGACUCCCCAUUCACAAAACUGGUUGGAAAGAAAUGUAGUAUAUAGUAAUUUUCCUUGUAUAUUCAUUCAUUCAUAAAUUGUUACGGGCAGUUUAGAAAGGGGUAUCAAUACUAUUCUAAUCUUUCUGAAUGAAAGCCGUAGCAUCUAACAGGGGCACUCAAAGCACCUAAUACAGGACAACUUAUUCUAGUUAUUAUUGUACCAGAUGCCUGUGGGCUCCGUACCUCCAGGUUAUUUUGGAACUGUUUUACUUAAAAUAGGGCUCUUGGCCCUUCAUCUUUGGCUUAGAAAAUAAGUUGGGGGUAUAGUUUAUGAGCUGUACAAGUUAAGGUGCAUCUAGUGUGCCAUGAAAUAUUUAUUCAUAUAUUAUACAGGGUUUAUUGAAUGGAACUGAAAAAGGUGAAAAAACAAAUUUUAUUAAAUUUGGAAAAGCAGCUAAAUCAGAGAAUUUCUUCCCAAAGUGCUAUUUUUAGCCUACAUAUUUCAUUGUCAGAUCAUGACACUUAUUUUAUAUGUUAAAAAAAAAUAAAAAAAUAAUAUAUAUAUAUAUAUAUAUAUAUAUAUAUAUAUAUAUAUAUAUAUAUAUAUAUAUAUAUAUAUUUUUUUUAUUAAACACAGGAUUGUCGAGAACUGGCAAGCGUAUUGUAAAUGUAAGGAUGAGAUAACAUCAUAAUAAUAGUUUUUGUUCUGGUGAGUUAAUUAUGGCUUAAAAUGUGAAUUUGUCUUGUUAAUUUCACAUAAAGAUUGCUUUUAUUUUCAGCAGAUUCUAACACACUUUUAGUAAGUAAAAAGUAAAAAUAUCAGACGUAUUGCAGAAUCAUGAUGUAAUUCCAUUGCAUCUGGUCCAGAUGAGAUUAUCAGUCCUGGGGAUGAUGUCUCUAACCUCUGCCCCACUAAUACAUCCACUGGUGAUACAAUCAACCUUAAUGUCGGUCACUCAAUGUGAGUCUGAGUCAUCGUUUGCAGCAGUAAUUAAAACAAGAUUCAUUUUAUUCUACAUUGGGGGUCAGAGAGCUGUGCUGCGCCUGGAAACAAUUAAUACAUUAUUUUCACUCUCUGUGGGAUCCGCAAAUAGCUGACAUAUUAUGGGAAAAAUUUACUUUUUAAGCAGAAGUAGAUUUUUGAUUAUAUUACUUAUUUCUGAGAAUAUUAGAUACAUUUUAGACACUGAUGUUACUUUUGCAAUUAUUUUCAGAUUCAUGUUGUGCAACCUUUAUGACACUGAUUGGUUUAAAGUGAUGGACUAACUCCUCCCAUAUCUCUCCCAGCCAAUGAGGGUCAUGCAGGCUGGACAAAACUGAUUCUCAUAACGCGCAUGUAUCAAUCCUGUGUUCUUAAUGUAGUUAAGAUGGGGGCGGUUCAACAUUCCUCAAUGGUCUUACAUUAGACAAUUCAAUUGAACCUAAUUUAGAGGACAAACACAAUAUAUAUAUAUAUAGCAAAUUGUAACAUGCAUGUUUGCUGUAGUCUGUAAACAAUGAUGUCCUGGAGCAAUCUCUCAGCUAAUUGCUGCUCUAAAAUUUAUAAAGCACAGCGAAAUGAGGAUUUUCUAAAAACACCAGAAGCACCCCAUGCACCGGCAGGGAUCCAGGUAACUGUCAGACUGUUAAAGGAACACUCCAAAUACACCAAGCACUUCUGCUUUAUGUGACACUGUCGUAUUUGUGACAGUUUAUAAAAGUGCAAUUUCUAAUAGAAAUCAGCUCUUUUUAUAAUUGGGGCAAAGACGCCUCCAAUGCUGUCACUCAGACAGACAGGGAAGGUUUUCUUUCUGUGUUUUUAGCUACACAGAGCUAACGGAACUCGUCAGGUGAGCUGCUCCAGCGUGUGACUGGCUCCCGUCCCCUUCUCAUUGAGCUGUUGUCAUGAUUACUAUGUGACCCAACACGCAAAACUAUAUUAACACAAACAAUGUAUACCGGACCUUAGAAUGGCCGGACUUAACGUAAAAGAGAAUGGUGGAAAUAACAAGCCACUGUCGGGGAUACAGAAUGAGACAAUACGAAUAAACUAGUCAAGGGUCAGGAUACCAGAAGAAGGGAAAGUCAAAAACAUAAGCCAAAGUAAAAAAACAGAAAUACAAUACCAAGAAUGCGCUCUCUGACAACCAACAAGUGGAAACCAUGACAGGGCACUGAGAAAAGGCAUUACAGGGUUUAAAUAUGCCUCUCAGUGCUGUGAUUGGUUAUUACAUGGCCUUUGACCCCAAAACGUGCAUGUGCGUCGAUAUCGUGAUGUCACACGCACGCGGCGCCAUCUUUAAUGUGAGCAGUGCGCCCUUUAACAUUGAGAACGGGACCGCAGUGGCAGGCAUCCCUUUGAAUGUCGCACCAGCCAGGACCCAUCUAUAUUGAGGAUCGGGCGGCACUACGCCGCAAUCCAGGUAAGUUAUCGUUUCCCUUUUCGGCACGACUGCCCUGCUCAUGUGUGGCUGCACUGAUCGGGGACUUACUUUUUAUUAGAAGUAUCAACGCGGCCGCGUCAAUCUUGUGCCAUGACAGCUGUGAACAGGUUAGUGUACAGAGGGCAAUGAAAGAGUUGACAUAUUUUUGAGUAAAAAUUUAGGAAACAUACACAAAUGCUAAGGGGUUUAUUCACUAAACAUUGAAUUGUACUGAAUUGAAAAGUGAUGAUUUGAAACCUUUCACAUAGAAUAGAUAACAGCUUGGUCACUUUAUCCCAGGUAUUGCCAUCAGGGUUUCCUUGUCCCAAAAUUCACUGUUUAGUGAAAAACCCCCCAAAUUUCUAUUUUGUGUCAGAGGAAUGAGCAUUGCGUUCCACAUUGUGAUGAUUUAUUUAUAGAAGAAUAGAUAGAUUAUAUAUAAAAACAUAGAAUGUGACGGCAGAUAAGACCCAUUCGGUCCAUCUAGUCUGCCCAAUUUUCUAAAUACUUUCAUUAGUCCCUGGCCUUAUCUUAUAAUUAGGAUAGCCUUAUGCCUAUCCCACGCAUGCUUAAACUCCUUAACUGUGUUAACCUCUACCACUUCAGCUGGAAGGCUAUUCCAUGCAUCCACUACCCUCUCAGUAAAGUAAUACUUCCUGAUAUUAUUUUUAAACCUUUGUCCCUCUAAUUUAAGACUAUGUCCUCUUGUUGUGGUAGUUUUUCUUCUUUUAAAUAUAGUCUCCUCCUUUACUGUAUUGAUUCCCUUUAUAUAUUUAAAUGGUUCUAUCAUAUCCCCCCUGUCUCGUCUUUCUUCCAAGCUAUACAUGUUAAGAUCCUUUUAACCUUUCCUGGUAAGUUUUAUCCUGCAAUCCAUGAACCAGUUUAGUAGCCCUUCUCUGAACUCUCUACAGUAUCAAUAUCCUUCUGAGAUACGGUCUCCAGUACUGCGUACAAUACUCCAAGUGAGGUCUCACCAGUGUUCUGUACAAUGGCAUGAGCACUUCCCUCUUUCUACUGCUAAUACCUCUCUCUAUACAACCAAGCAUUCUGCUAGCAUUUCCUGCUGCUCUAUUACAUUGUCUGCCUACCUUCACCUGGUUUUAUUUGUCAUAAGGGGGUGCUGACACUCAGCCUGUCCAAUAUGGACAAAUAAAUUACAUUUCCAAUGUGGAAGUGAAUGUGCUCCUUAGUGAUACGGUAAGGAGCAUGGGCCGUAUGUGUACCUGGGGGACAAAAACCAAAAACAGAUUUUACCGCACUCCUAAUGGCUUCAAAUACACUGGACGACUCUUGUCUGAGAAUGCAUGCUUCUUAUCCAAAACAGUAGAACACCAAGUCAGAAAUACAAAAUAUAAGUGUAGAAAUAUAAAUUCUUCAGCACUGACAGUCCAAUCAGAAAAGAGACACCAAAAACAAACUAAAACAAACACUUUCUGUAAAAGGAACGCGUUUCGCGCCUGUAGCAAGAAUCUUCCUCAGCUGUGUACCCGAGGGACCCUCAGUUUGUGUUAUACCCUGGAAAAUGGUUUGGCAUAGAACUAGGAGCUGACACCAGUAGCCUUCUAGCACUAUAACCACUACAAUGGGCUGCAGUAGUUAUGGUGCUUAGAAUUCCACUCCUUCCAUUGGCAAUGUGCACUUGAGUGCUUGUCAUUGUCAGCUUUAACUUCAGGUCUCUGAUAUGUUUGGAUGAAGUCCUUGUCUCUUAACUGCAAUAGCUGCCUGAUCUAUGGUAACAAGAGUUUGCCUAAAAAAGGGAACGGCACCAUGAUUUAUAGGGAACAUGAUAAAGGUUUGUCUGGUCUUCAGCCAUCGCAAGGCCAUGUAUUCUUGUGCUAUCAGCCUGUCUACUCCAGAUACUUGUUGACGUUUACCUUGACCUUUAUAGGAUUUUGUGCUUGAAAAACGACCUUGUCUGAAACAUCGUAAUUAAGAAUUCUGCUCUAUUUUGUCUCACUUAUGGUCCGGUUAUAAAAUCACGUAGAUUUAUUCACUAAACACUGAAUUAUAGUUUAAUUCAAAGUCAACUUAAAAAUGUAUUGUAAAAUAACCAAGCUUUAUUAUAACAGAGGUACUCGAACAUUGUAAAGUACAGAUUGUUCAACUGAUACCUUAAAAAAAUAAAUGCAAAUAAUUGACUUUCAAUAUUCUAAAGACUCACAUGGUUUAUUAGACUUGGGAAUUUGUUUCGGGCUGUUUUCCUCUAUAUUGGUUGCUUUUUCUUACUUGAUCUGUGAAAUUCUGUGACAUGUAGCUGAAAAUAAGGUAUCCUAAAAAAAUGUCUACUUUUGGCAAAACCUGUCAAGUCGACUAAGUGGUGUGAAUAUCGGUCCUACUGCUUUAGUCAUUAAAUAUUGCUAAAGUAAUCAAUGGACUCCAUUCCUUAAACAUCUACUCUUUAGGAAUAAAAAAAGAAAUCAUAAGGCUCAAUGGGUCCUUGUAAUUUAAGUUUUGGACUGGAUAUUUAUUUUAAUGGGAUAGAUAAUUUUAGAAUAAUUCUGAGGCUGGCUAAUAAAAAUAUUGCCAUUUGUCCAGCCCUUUCCAAAUGUGGGCAGCCUUGCAAGCAGAAUACAAUAACCAAUGCUACCUCCUCAUCUCCCAAAAGUAGAAUAAAAAAUUAGGGGGGCAGCUUGCCUAAAAAAGAGACAGUUCUUUACUGAAAUGGGCAACUGCAUUACCUAGCCAUUCACACAAGGCUGCUAAUUGAAGAGCUUUCUCAGGUGGUGGAUGGCCUAAGCUUCAUUUGCAGAUUGCAAAUGCAUAAUAUGAUGGACCUGCACCGCUCAUUCAUGAUAGAUUUUUCGGGAAUCUUUCGAUGUGGGACACUAGGGAACAAACCUCUGGCAACAAGGCAAAAUCAAGACUGUCCUGCCAACUCCAAGCCUGUUUGAAGUUAUGUAACCCUGAAAAGCUACUCCACAAAGCUUGCAAAGAUGUGUUUCUGUGAACACAGAAUGUACUUAUAAUUUAUGUGACUUUAGCAUUUUUUUCAAGAAAAAUCAUAUAUUUUAUGUUUGUUCUUUAUUCCAUGUUGCAAUACUGAGACUGGGGAAAAGUCCCAUUCUAAAGCAGAAUGACCUUAAAGGACCACUAUAGUGCCAGGAAAACAUACUCGUUUUCCUGGCACUAUAGUGCCCUGAGGUUGCCCCCACCCUCAGGGUUCCCCCUCCCGCCGGGCUCUGGGGAGAGGAAAGGGGUUAAACUUACCUUUUUUCCAGCGCCGGGCGGGGAGCUCUUCUCCUCCUCCUCUCCGCCUCCUAUCCUCCUCUUUGGCUGAAUGCGCAUGCGCAGCAGGAGCUGCGCGCGCAUUCAGCCAGUCUCAUAGGAAAGCAUUCAUAAUGCUUGCGUCUUCUCACUGUGAUUUUUCACAGUGAGAAGCACGCAAACACCUCUAGUGGCUGUCUCAUUGACAACCGCUAGAGGCUUUAAAGGCUGGAUUAACCCAUUUAUAAACAUAGCAGUUUCUCUGAAACUGCUAUGUUUAUAAAUAAAAGGGUUAAUCCUAGAGGGACCAGGCACCCAGACCACCUCAUUAAGCUGAAGUGGUCUGGGUGCCUAGAGUGGUACUUUAAGCACAGAUAGAAAGCCUCAGUUAGUUCACUAAAUAAGAAAUGUAUAUUGAAUAAAUUUGACAAGGACAGUGUGAAGUGUGCGAUUGGUUUCCUCUGCAAGCUUGUGAAAUGGAAAAAAUGUUUGUGUAGAAUAUUUCUCUAUCGGUGCUAUUCACUGAUACUUGAGAUUUUUUUUGUUUAUGACCACAAUGUGGGAACUGAUUCACACUGGCAACUGCUUUAGGCAGAAGCUUUGUGUAGCCACAAGAGUCUCAAGAGGCAGUAUGAACAGGGGAACAGAGAUAUAAAAUAGAAUGUCUAUUAGUGCAAGAGAACAGCAAACCAGUGUCAUGGCACAAAACCGAAUGUUUGCAAGAAUGAGACAUAUCUUGAAAGAAAAGAAUGAAGUGAAAUGUAUCAAAGUAUUUCCAGAUCAGGUGGCAAAUGAUUAACAAUUUUUUGGGACACUCAAUUUUUGAUUAAAUGUCGAUUCUGCAGAAUUUCGAAACUGAAUCUAAAGAACAAAAAAAAGGUAAAAAAAUGGCCUGCUAAUUACAUACGUGAUAUGUUAAGUAUGUGUUUUGAAGCACAUGGUAGGAGCAUUUUCCCACUAUUUGGUUCACAUAUUAACUGAGAAAAAGUAACCAAUAGAGGGGAAAACAAGCAGAGAAGUAAAAAAUAAUAAACCUAUAUAUAUUUAAAUACAUCUAUAUAUUUUAUAAUUAAUAAAUUUAUUUGUUUUACUGCUUCUCAUCUUAUUGCUCAAUGUGAAUACAAUUAACGUUUAGUCACCCCUAACCAUUAAUUGUGUGAGGGGCAAAUAAGGCCGUAUAGGAAAGGGGGAAAUAAGUCGGUUGUGGUGUGCCGGAACCGACGUCGUGGUAGGCCUGUAAUAAAAGAGGGCCCACCCAUGAGGUGUAAUGAAAAGUAUAAAUUAGAGGGAGUAGAGGGUGGGGACAUGCGAAAAGCAAAAAAUACGUACGGGACGGAGGAAGGUGAGUAGGGGGUUUAAGUAGGGAACAUGCCCCUCCCACAACUGCAGGCCAAGCCUUUACAUUUAUCUUUUUUCCCCAUCAAUCGCCUAUUUUUUUUUUUGGGUGACACGGGUGGAAUUCGGAAUUAUAACCCGAACCGAACAUGUUCAAAAUUGCGCAUUUCAUAUGGCUCGUGAUUGUGGUACAUUUCAGCUCUGAACUUUGCCUGAAAUUCGGGUGAACUUACAUUUGGCACAAAAUGAAUAUCCAAGUCUAAUCAUUACAGUCUAAUCUAAGCAAGAAGCAAAAGCUACAUGUCAAGGCGUAUUUAAUAGAGUUAAGGUCAAAUAAACCCCAAGGAUUGGCAGAUCUUCAGAAUGCUCACCAGCUUUGCUAUUGCCAAUAACGUCUCUGCCUGCUUUAUCCAUCAUGUGACACAUUUGGCCAUCUUUGUGACUGCAAGAUCUGCAGAACAUAAUGGCUUGUGUUAAGAAAGAAAUAUUACAUGUUAGGACAAAAUCCUAUUUACAAACUAUGUGCAUAUACAUACAAAUUGCAACCAAAUGUUAUUUUAACAUAAAAGGGAACCUUCUUCCGGUUGUAUAUAGUGGACCCCUCUAAUACUGGGAAAUAAUUAAAUGAGAAAUUUAUAGAAAAAGAAGAGAUUGCUCAUCAAAUAAUGUAUAGAGCAUACAAUAGAUAUUUUUGUUAAAAUUGAUUUACCAAUUAAGCCUCUUUAAGAAUAAAUAAAACCUAUAUAUUGUAAAGGGGGUGGUUAAGUUUUUUUUCCAACCAUUUUAUACUUUUUGUUUUGACAUUAUCUAAAUACUAGUGAUAUUCAUGUGUGUCACAUUUUAUUUAAGUGUUCCUUUUGAUUAAAUAAAGAUGAUUGUAUUUAAUUAUGUAUUCACAUGCAUAAGUAUUAGGACACCCUCUUACCUUAUUUCUUAUUUUUUCUUCAUAUUUUCUUUUACUCUGUAGUCUCCAACUUGUGUCUAUGCUUUUGAUAAACAACCCAACAAAACACAUCUUUGUCUGUGAAUAGACCUACCUGUAUGUCAGUGUUUGGCACACGAUCUUCAAUCCCAGAAUGCACUACACCAAACCGUUGGUUGCACACAUUGCUUUCUUGGAUAGAACCAGUUGUCUUGGGGUGGCCAAAUAGAUUAGUAUGCUUUUAUGGAAGGCGCCUCCAUGUAAAUGUAUUUCUUGGAGAAUUGUGUACGACAAUGCAUAGAUUAAAUUUUAUAACCUACCUGCGGGAGUCCUUUCUAUCCAUGCAUUUGUUAAUAGCCUUUUCACUUUAGAAGGUUUGCAUUCGUCAUUAUCCCUGAACUUUAAGUAAAUGUUCCCUUUGUUGGGCCUUAGUUCUGCCAGACUGUUUCAUUAUUUUAUUAUUACUGCUUCUAUGGGUAAUCUGCAUAGCCCUCAAGCAGAUUUAUCCUCUCUGUUUGAAGCAAACCAUUUUUAUUUAAAUCCCUUUGAUACUUGGUACUUGCACCAAAAAUGUUGACUCAAUAUUAAACAGUUUGUAAUAACGGUAAACGCAAAUAAAAUAAUUAAGUAAGAGAAGACAUGUCAAGGAGAUUAGGGGGACGGAAUGUUAAGUAUUUGAAUUCAAAGUUGAACGGAACAAAUGAAGGGGUCAUUUAACUUUUCAUGUAGCUAAAUUAGCUGUCAAGGUUUAGAAAUAUUUUUUUUCCCAGUGCCUGUGUAUUUGGGAGAGUCUGGGACCAGCUGGAUUUAGUCUUCCUUUUGGAGGUCAUAAUUAUUUUCGUUGUGCGUGUAUAAAUCACACAAAUUGGCCUCAGUAAAAUGGAGUUAGACUUGUGUUACAGGAACAUGGUGUUAAUCUAUACUAUUUUUAAUGCAAUAUGCAGUGUAAAUAAUGCUGAUGAAACGUAUUACACUGAGACCCAAGAAUAUACCCAAUAUUUGAGACCAAAGAAAUCCCUCAAAAUACUUUUAUUUUGAACAAGGACUAGCCUUUGUCCUUAAACAUGUGGUGAGACACAUCUAUACUUAAAAAUAUGUAAUGAACAACCAUAAUGAUACAUAAAAAAACUAUAAUUAAUGAGAAUUUAUCUAUGUAUAUGUGACAUCAAAUUAAAGCCCCUUUUGCCCUCUAAAAAAUGGUAUAUAAUAUAUGUUGGUGCAAUAAAUGGCAGAGAUGCAAAUUGUGUUUGAACACAAACAGCAGAAAAUGCAAAAAUGGCUUGUGUUCUUAAGCAUAAGACAAGCUUUUGAAGCUGUGUCCUUAAGAGGUGAAUAGCCACUAAUUGAGGUUUUACACUUCUGGAUUGAAAGUGAGUUUCAGAAAAUUGUAGCUGCUAGAAUCUGUAUGUUUCUUUUUAGCACUGCAUUCCACAGGGAUGUGGACUGUCUCCCUUGAACAUUUCAGGGGUGUAAUGUUUGCCCAAAUUAUGGUGUGUGUGUGAUGUCUGCCCAAACUAUGAGGUGAAUUAAAAUCUGUCUGAUAAAUAUAGAAACAUUAACAACUUCCAAUAAGCCAUUAAUGUCAACACAUUCACAACUUGUAGAAUUUUAACACUAUAGUGAUUUUAACACUACAGGAUCAGGUAUACAUGUUUGUGUUCCUGACUCUAAAGUGUUCCUUUAAAGGACCACUCUAGGCACCCAGACCACUUCAGGUUAAUGAAGUGGUCUGGGUGCCAGGUCCAGCUAGGGUUAACCCAUUUUUUUUUUUUUUUAUAAACAUAGCAGUUUCAGAGAAACUCCUUUAGUUCUGAUAGGCUGUAACCGGCCUUUGACCCCAAAGUCAGUUACCAGGUUUCAUUUCCAUAAUUGCUGCUCAGCAUUAACCCUUCUGUGGAUUAGUUUGCUGCUCGGCACAACUUUUCCUGUGUGGACAGUAAAUGUCAUUAACCACAUUUCUAUAAGCGGAUGAAUGCUCGGCACAACUCCGAGUUCGCUGCGAACCGUUCGGGACAUCACUAGUUAUCAACACUUUAAAUUAAAUAUUGUAAGCUUAGUUAUUUUAGUAUCAUAAAGGAUUUGAUAAACUACAGAAAACACUACUUUUUUUUUUUUUAAAUAAAAAUUGACCAAUAUCUCAAAAACUUUCAGAAUAAACUUUACAAACAUCUCAUGACAAACGAAAGCAACUUCACCAAACCUAUAACAAUCUAUUUUUAAUCAAAUGGAGUAAUUAAAGUGAAUGAAGCAACCAGCUAACAAUUAAAUUGAUUAACGUGAUUAUUGAUGUAAGAAAUACAUAUAUACACUGGACUUGUGGAAACAAAUAAAAUUCUUUGUAAUUGUCAAAGAAAUUUAUUCCGAAUUGUUUUUCUAGUCGUUUUAUCUGUACAGGUAAGAUAACGUGGAGAUUUGGAAUCGACUUAUUCUGGUAUUGAGUAACAGGAUUGUUAUUUGGACAAGUAAUGAAUAACUCAUUUUUGCUCAAGUCCGAUAUACACUAUACACAAAUCGUCCGAUUUGAACACAGAAACUUGCUCUAAUAUCAAUUUCAAAUUGGAACAUAAUCAGCUAAUGACACACAUUUCACCUUUUUGACUGUGAUCUGGUUGACAACACUUACAAGUUAAUGGCCAAAAAUCAGAAUGUGUUAUAUAGGUAGACAGUGGCGUACAAAUGACCCAUGGGGCCCCGGUGCGAAAAUUGAUCCGUGCCCCCCCCUGCGCUUACUCGGGGCGGGUUGGGGCCGCAACACAUGGCGGCGGGCACCUGGUCGCAGGGGUUGCAGGGCUGCGACCCUGUGACCGUGGUAUGCACACACACUUAAAGGACCACUACAGACACCCAGAUCACAUCAGCUCAAUGAAGUGGUCUGGGUGCCAGUUCCUUCUAGUUUUAAUCCUGCAGCUGAAAACAUGCGGCUAUGUUUCACUGAGGGUUAAUCCAGCCUCUGGUGGCUGUCUCAUUGACAGCUGCUAGAGGAGCUUCCGCGAUUCUCACUGUGAAAAUCACAGUGAGAAGACGCUGAGCGUCCAUAGGAAAGCAUUGAGUAAUGCUUUCCUAUGGGUGGUUUAAAUGCGCGCGCGCGCGUCUCUUGCCGCGCAUGUGCAUUCGGAGCUGAGAGGCGGAGGGAUCCCCAGCGCCAAGGGAGUCCGACGCUGGAGAAAGGUAAAUGCUGAAGACACACACACACACACACUCACGAACAGACGCAUACAUACUAGCUAACAGACACACACAUUUACUGACAGACACACUCAGCGACAGACAUACAUACACUUUCACUGACAAACACACACUAACACACACACACUAACACACACACACACACACACACACACACACAAACACUAACACACAAACACAUACUAACAGACACACAAACACACACACAUUUUUUUUUUUUUUUUAUUUAAUCCCCCCAGCCUCCUUACCUUUUGGAGAGCUGAGGGGAUUCCCUGGGGUCCAGUGGUGCUGCUGGGCGGGCUGGCUGUCUGGGUAGCCGGCGCGCGAGGGAGCACUCUCCCCUGAGUGCUUCCUCUUCAGCUCCCUCGCGCGCCGCAUAGGGAUGCCAGUGCCGGAAGAUGACGUCAUCUUCCGGCUCCUGUAUCAGUGCGGUGCGUGAGGGAGCUAAAGAGGAAGCACACAGGGGAGAGUGCUCCCUCGUGCGCCGGCCACCCAGACAGCCAGCCCGCCCGCCAGGUGUCAGCAGGGCCAGCCUCAGGGUGGCCCUGAGGUGGCCGUCUCCUGGGCCCCCCAGGAGAAGAGGCUGGCCCUGUAGGUACAUACCGGGUUCCAGGGGCGGCCGGGCCCCCUGGUGGGCCGGGCCCGGUCGCAGCCACGACCCCUGCAACCCUGGUAUGUACGGCACUGUAGGUAGAUAGGAUUUUUGUGUUGACCUUCUGAAAAUGUACUGUUAAAGCAUUUUUCAUAUGAGGUACACAUCACUGUCCAUAACCUAUUAAUUCCAUUGCAUAGUGAAAGUAUUUUCGAUAUGUUCAAGUCUUGUGAUGUUACUUUUUAUUAAGAAGUAAAAUUUUUGUCCACACAACAAUUUUUCUGAUUUCACUUUAGAUUUGGUUCCAUAUCAGUUGGGUGUUCCUUCAACUUAGUUUCACUGACUAACAAUACUCUACAUUAAUGGUUCCGAUUUCCAAAUCCAAAUAUUAUCAUAGACAUGUGUUAACUUAUUUUCUAAUUUUUAUAGAAGGCUAUCCAUUUUUUCAAAACUUUCUGUAGACAUUGUAGAUGCAUUUUGAUUGAAUUUUGAGGUAGAUAUUUAAUAUUACAUUUAUUUAGAGAUUGAUCUGAUGUUUGGGUUUUCAGGAAAGUUUGUAUUUUUUUAAGGAAAACCAUAAAAGUGCUUAGGACUUCAGUAGUGUCAUGAUUACCCGAUCGAUACGCUCAAUUUGGUCCUCUUUGCAGGUCAUGCAUUGUUUGGCUCUGUGGACUAUGUUCCAUAGCAAUAUUGAUUCUGCCAGCUCAAACGGCACAUACUUAAAUCCAGAACAUUCGCAGAAUGUCUCUUCUGACUUGGAAGUGUCCACGUCACACAGAUGACCUUGUUCUCAAACUUUUUGAAUUUACAGGGGUGAUGUAGACCAAUCCGAACUUGGGUAACCCGACUUAUAUCCUGUUUUAGCCCUUAUUCAUUGCCCUAUAGUGGAUUCUACCUUUUGUACCAGAUUAGUGAGUUCCUGUUUGUAUUUCUGGUUUUGACCUCGGCUAGUUUCAUGGAUAUUUGAGUAACUCUGAAAUCCUGACCCAGCUUGUUUAUCAUAUUUCUGUCUAUCUGUAAUCCUGACCUCUGCUACUUUGUGUCUUUCUGUUUAUUGAGUUAAGUCUGGACACUCUAAGGCCUGGUAAUAUUUCUAUUUCUGUUUCUCUUUUUUUCAGUUUCCAUUUCCUACGAGUUUGGUAUACUUCUCGUGACAAUUCAAUGUGCAGAAAAAUAUCUGGAUUUUUUUUUUUUUUUGCAUGGGGGUGAGGAGGAGAGGGCAGGGACAAUACAUACAGUUGCUAUAAUAUCUAAUAUUGUUCUGAUCUAAUUCAAAUCAAACCUGAUUUCCACUUUGGAGUCUUUUUGGGUCUUUUUUUUUUUAGCCGAAAAGAUUAUAUUAAGGCCCAUGUAUGUACCUCAAUUAACUUUUUUUUUUUUCUUUUCUUCUCAAACAGGUCAAAUGUGAGGGUCCAAAGCUGGUGCCAUUCUUGAAGGCCACAUGCGUCUACUUUGUGCUUUGGUUACCAACAUCUAGCCCAUCUUGGUUCAGUGCUCUUAUCAAGUGUCUUCCCAUCUUUUGCCUGUGGGUAUUCCUAUUAGCCCAUGGGGUUAAUUUUCUAGUUAGCCACAGAAGUGCCAAGAGAAUCUUUGCAGGAUUAAUUUUCUCAGCGGUGGGAGACGCCUUUCUAAUUUGGCAGGAACAAGGCUACUUUGUGCACGGUGAGUGAAGUAAAGCUAUUAUCUAUUGUUGAAAAAGACAUUAUACAUCAGCAUUCUACUUCACGAACAGGAAUUAAAUCCAUGGAUUAUUUUUCAAUUCUUCCCAUGUGAGUGGAAUAAAAAAAGUUUGCCUCAUACACACAUAAAAGUAAUGCACCCUACAGCAAUAUUUUACAGUGUGCUAAUGUUGGUUUAUUGGAAACAAGUUACAGACUAAGGUAUUCCUCAAAAAAAAUAUUAUUAUUCCAGAUUUAUAAUAUAAGAUGAUUCAGGUUGGAACAUCUAGAACCAAAAAAUACAAUAAGAUAAACCAUGUUUCACUAAACUCUGAGUUUUAACAAAUGAAAUCCAAAUUGCAAAAUUCAAGUGAAAAAUAGCCAAUCUGUUAGUUGGAAGAAUUUUUCAGAUCUGCACUUUUGACCUAAAUUUAGCAAAUUGGAUUUAAAGACUCCAAAAUUCAUAAAUUUUAUUAAUGUCAUACAGUCACAUUUAUAUUAAAGACAGGAGGUGCGUAUUAUGCAUCUAGUUUCUUUUACUACUCAGAAGAGCAGCUGCGUCGUCUAAAUUCAGUCACUCAAAUGUUAAAUAAAUGCAUUGUGAAACAAACAAAACAGACAAUGGAUGAGCCGAUUCAUUUGAUUCGUUAUCCGAGGGUCCGUCCGUGGUGCCGGAAAAAGAUGAUUGACUGUUCGAGUACAGCCACUAAAUGUUGAUGUUUAUUCACACAAUAAAUGACAAGUAAUAUAAUGUGUUUUGCACUACCCUAGUUUAUUUUACUUAUUAUAAAAUAUUACAGUAUUGUAUAUUAAAGCAAUUUUUGUCUGUUAAAACUUCUUUAACAUUUUGCAUGCCCUGUAUCAUAGCGCAGACCAAAUCAAAUUUAAAAACUUUAUGAUAUACUCAAGUUAAAAAUCCAUCAAGGCAAAUUUAGCCCCAUACAUACAAAAUAACACAAGGUAUCCAAUUCUGAUAGCCACAUCCAUUGCAUUCAUUAAGGGAAGAAUAAAGCUAAAGGAUUGCUGAUAUGUGCUUGGUGUUGCUGAUCUUCCACCGUACGUCAUGCCCAUUUUUUAAAAAUUUUUUUUUAUAUUUGAACUGGUUACUUUGUGUUUUGUGUCCAUUGUGCUUUAUUGGCAUAGAUGUACAGUAUUUGUAUUUUUGGCAGGGGGGGAGGGGGAAUAUAUAAUAGUUUGUAAUAUGAUUUGGUAGAGAAAGACUCUGUUUGAUUACCUUUGUAUUUUUCAUUUGCGGCAGGAAGGCUAGCACUCUAUAUUGAGCAUUGAAGUGCUGGUGUAGUUUGCAUCUUUGCACUUUGGUUUUUUUGCAUGCCCAGUAUCAAAAACCACUUUAGCCUUCAGACAGUUAAAAUGAUCACCCCAUGCUCCAGAAAAGUGUCCCUCUAUGAUAAUGGGCUUCUAUUUCUUUACAGUGACGCAGAUAUGUUAUUGUGCAAGAACCAUGCAUGCGACCUCUAACCCACAAUAGCUCCAUUCAACAACGUAGGGAGUAAAAUCUUUCCCACGUUUUUUUUUUUCUCUUUUCCAGCCAGGGGAAGUUAAAUUCAACAUGCACGGGGGUGGUAGAGGGCAGGAGGAUUGGAGCAGCUGUCAUUUUUGGCAGGCCCUAAAGUCUUCUUUCAGUUUCUACCAUAUAAAUAUAUAUCUAUAAAAAAAAUCUAUUGCUAUUUUACUGGCACAGUUGAAUUUGAUGCUAUUUAUGUUUCUUCAUGGCUAACCUUUGGCACUGCAUCUGUUUUAGACUACAUUCCUUAUGAUGCUCAAGAAUACUUUUUGCUGGCUAAAUGUUAUGGGAAGCAUAGUACAUAACAGCUGAAGUGCCAAAGGUUUGCCAUUUGUGCAGUAAAUCUUUGGGGGAUAUGCAACUUUUUUAGGGUGCCCGAGAUUUCAUAAAAAGGAGGUCUGUGGAUUAAAACAAAAAUUGAGAAUGCAUUAAAGGAACACUAUAGUCACCUAAACAACUUUAGCUUAAUGAAACAGUUUUAGUGUAUCGAUCAUGCUUUUCAGCUUUCACUGCUCAAUUCUCUGCCAUUUAGGAGUUAAAUCACUUUGUUUCUGUUUAUGCAGCCCUUGUCAUACCUCCCCUGGCUAUGAUUGACAGAGCCUGCAUGGAAAAAAAAAAACAGUUUUCACUUUUAAUCAGAUGUAAUUUGUCUUAAACAAUUUUAUCUCUUUCUCUGUAAAUUGAACUUUAAUCACAUACUGGAGGCUCUUACAGGGUCUAGCAAGCUAACAUAUUAACAUAGCAGGGGAUGAGACAAUCUAAAUUAAACAGAACUUGCAAUAAGGGAGAGAUAAACUUUUAGAUGACUCUUUACAGGAAGUGUUUAUGAAGGUUGUGCAAGUCACAUUCAGGGAGGAGUGACUAGGGUUCAUAAACAAAGUGAUUUAACUCCUAAAUGGCAGAGAAUUGAGCAGUGAGACUGCAGGGACAUGAUCUAUAUACCAAAACUGCUUCAUUAUGCUAAAGUUGUUUUGGUGACUAUAGUUUAUUAAUAUAAUUUGAGACAGUAUUGAAGUAAAAGGAAAUAUAUCUUACAGAAAGAAACCCUUUCAAUAUACAUUUUCACUGCCAAGUUCUUAACACAUACAGUUUAACUAAAUCUAAUUCUUUCAAUUUAAAAAAAAAAAAAUUUAGUGUUACCAACCGCUUUGGUUUUUAAGUUAUUUUUUUGUUUAUCAUUAUAAUUAAUUAACUUCAUUAUCAAUAGUUAUUUAUUUUCUGGUUGAAAGUAAGUCAGUUGAUUUGAAUAAAAUAUGUGGUUAUAGUUUACAGAUUUGAUUUCUGGACUGUAUAUCAAUAUUUUAAUUUGCCUGUUUCAUUUUAGCUUUACAUUUCUUUUUGUUUAUUUUUAUUUAUUUAUUACUGGUAUUUAUAAAGCGCCAACAGAUUCCGCAGUGCUGUACAAUUAGUGGAGAAUGUACAAUAUACACAGACAAAUACAAGAGGUAGAGAGAGCCCUGCCUGUAAGCUGAUAUCUAGCCAUUGGAGCUCUUUUAUACAAAGUGCUUAGCUAGAUGGCCCGUGAGCUUACAAUCUUUGCAACGUCUUAUUUUAUUGUAAUUCCCCACCCAAAAAAAUUAACAAACAAACAAAACUAACAUUUAUUUUCAUGGAAUGUAUAACAAAGGUUAAUAUUGUUGGAUACAUUUUUAAAAUUAUUUAAUAUUUUUGAGUAAACGUUUAAAAUAUUUUUUUCAAAAUAUUAAAAGCUAAAAAAAAAUAAAAAAAAAAAUAUAUAAAUAUAUAUAUAUAUAUAUAUAUAUAAAAUAAUACUAAAUCAUUUGAAAAGUUAUCCCAAAAAUAUUAAAUCAUUUAAUAAUCUUAUUUAAAGUUGAGGCCAAACUUUAAAAAAAUAGGAAUUUUAUGUGUCUAUAUCAUAUUAGAGAGAUCAUGGUGCUCCUUGACUUGCACUUCUUCCAACUAGUUCAAAUAAAUUAAUGUACAAUAGCAAAUGUCAAUGUUAUAGCAUGAAGCUUUGAGAAACUAAAACAUAAAUGUAAAAUAGUCACACACACUGCCUAUUGCUAAGGAAUAUUCUGUUCUUUUUGAGAAUGGGGAUUCCAAAAAUGCCUGCAGAAUGUAGACCUUCUUUCUGUAUGUGACUAGAAGUCCACAUAAAUUAAAUUUAGUUGUAUGGUGAAAACCAGCAUUUCAAAGGAAAUUCUGCCAAACAAUGAGCAGCAAAGAAGUUAUUUUUUUUUAAUUGUGUUUUGUAUUGUAAAGACAUUCAAAACUCGAUUAACAUUACACAUUAAUUUGAAAAGAAUUGUGUAAAAACAGAUAAAAAUGCUGGAUGGUUAAAAAAAAAAAAAUAGAGAGAAACAUACAAAUGUUGUUUUUUUUGUCUGCAAUGUGAUUUUGUCUACGUUGUUAAUCAAGCUGUUGAAAUAUCUCUGAGAAGAGCAUAUCUAGCAAGUAUUUAAAAUGGCUUGAUAAGUGUUAGUACCAGUCUUGUGACCUGCAUUGUGCUGUUUGCAUGUUUCUCAAUGGUAUCUUUUGUCUCCUCACAGGCUUGUUGAUGUUUGCUAUUACGCACAUCCUUUACUCUUCUGCCUUCGGAAUGAAACCUUUGGAUUUGAAGACAGGUUCUGUCAUUGGUUCUAUUUCCAUCUUCUUAUACAUUUUGUUAUACUCCUAUCUCUCAGGCCCAUUCACUUAUCUGGUGGCUGCCUACACGGCCCUGAUUUCCUUCAUGGGUUGGAGGGCCAUAGCUGGAGUCCAGCUGUGCAAUGACUUGUGGACAUGGACAAAACUCUCAGCCUGCAUUGGAUCUGUGCUUUUUAUAGUGUCCGACUUCACAAUUGCUGUAAACAAAUUCUGCUUUCCUGUCCCAUGCUCUAGAGCUAUUAUAAUGGCCACUUACUACGCAGCCCAGAUGCUAAUCUCGCUCUCGGCUGUAGAGUGCCGAGAUGAAGAAGAUUACAAAAAGAGGAAAUAAAACUCCCUGGGACCGAUUUUGAAAAAGAGGGUGCAAUACCGCAAACAAUACCUGUGUCUACAGCUCAAAGACUGCAGUUUGGCUCAUCUGACGUAGCACUUCUCCUGCUUGACCUGCAUCCUACAAGUGCAGUUCGGUGAAGCAAAAUAAAAACAAACUAUUUAAAACCGUUAUUAAACUACUCCUUGCAUUGCUUGAGGCUGGCAUCGCGUGAUACUUUCCUGCAAAGUUUACUGUAUACCAAGCUCGCCCUCGACUUUGGCCAGAAUAAAGGACAACGAAACCGUAGUCUGCAUUUUAAGAGAGAGACAAUUACUAGAUACCUUGUAAGUCUUAUUCUAAAGACGUUGCUUGCAUUGCAGUUUAUUUAUAGCUAGGUCACCCAAAUGGUUGGUGAUUUUGCACAAAAACAAAACAACAGAAAUGCACAUUCCCUGGCUGUCGAAAUGACCUUAUAAAGUAUUAUCCUUUUGAUUAAUGAUUUGCCAAGCCUUGUAAUCCAUCUGCUUGAAUGGGAGAUAGAGGUUUAGCAAUUUUCAGUAGUGCUGGCAGAAAUCCAAAGCAUUAUUGCUACAAAUUAUCUGCAUCCGCAGGGAAUAAAUGUGAUGUUUUUGUACUGUUUGCAGGUUCGGACAGUCAAGCAAACUGCAUGCUCCGUUGUUCACAAAUCUCUUCAUGACUGCAGAGCAAUAUUUGGCAAUCUAAUGCAGUGGAGGAAGGGGUCUUAAGGCAUCGAUACCACUGGCAUCUAUAUUAAUUUUUAUAGCAUGGGUGUCCAAUCUGUCUGAUGUUGGCUAAUUUUUCCAGAAUUGUUUGCCAGCUGCUGACUGCUAAGGUUACAAUCCCAUUCACCUACGUACUUAUAUGGUAGCACCAGUCUUUCAGAGGCUGGUUCUGUCUGGGCAUUCAGGUUUUCAGGAAAAUGGAUUAUUAAUUGGAAACUAUUGUGAAACAUCCACUGUGAAAAAUACAUUUUUGAUAUAUUGUAGCAUACAUUAAUACAUUCGACUUUGCAAUGCUGUAAUGUCCAUAUCCCUUUAGUUUAAAAGAUAUUGCAGUUUUGGUUUAUUGCCCCUCCUCCGUUCAAUGCGAGUUGCUGUGUUCCUUGAGUAUUCUUCAGACAGCAGUUAGUCAGUCUAACUGUUUGGAUCAUUGGCAGUAGCCUGAUAUGUGCUCAGAGUAGGGCACGAACUCUAACUCAUAGUAGAGAGGCAGGGGAAUUAAAACCCAUAAUAUAUACCUCCGCACAUUUUACCAACCAGAAUUCAUGCUCCAGUCCCACUGUCUUGCGAUUGGUCUUUGGUGUUUAACAGUUUGGGUCAUCAAAAUCAAAGCAACUAGUGCAUGAUUAGAUGUACUUGCAUUGACAUCACCUCCAGUCUUAAGUACAUACUUUAAAUUACAAACUAAAUAGCUGUGGCCAAUACAAUUGUAUAUUUAUCUACUAAAAUAUAUCCAAAGGUGUUAUUAUUUUUUUUUUAUCUACGUUCCCUUGUAAGGUAAUGAUCACAAACAAAUAAUUUUUCUGCUCCACCAUAGUACAGUAUGUGAGUGGAAUUUGCUUCUCUCUUUCUUUGCCAACGUCAUCAGGACCAUUUAUCAAUAAGGCAAAACAGCCAGAUACAUAAAGCAACAGUUUGUGGUCGGGAGAUUUGUCUCUGAUAACUUACUCUGUAAGAAUUUAGAACUAUAACGUUAAACCCGUGAUAAAAUCAUUGGAGGUUAAUUAUUCUCCUGCCAAGUGCAAAUGAGGUGCCCAUGGCUCUGCCUGUAAUUUAUGCAGGUGCAUAAUAUUUAUCUUUAGACUGACCUAGUGAUUUAGAAUAAUGACCACGUUACAACAUUCAAAUUAACUCAAAAUUUUGUGGCAAAAUAGCCAAAUUGGAAACAUAGUGGAAGCAGAUAAUUUUUCAAAUUUGGCUAUAUUUAACAAUUCACACUUUAGUGAAUAACCCUUUUAAUAUAGUCCCUGGCUCCUGGCAGGAGUAUAACUAACAUGUAACCAAAUGAUGUUACCUCCGUCUCCAUUUACAAUACCCCAAUGGGUAUGCAGAAAUCAGAGUAGAAAAGAUGUAGAGCAACUUAUAUUUUUAAAUUAUUUUUUUUUGUGCAAUAUAUAUUGUUUCAUGCAUUUUUGCUGUUGAUGGUUGCACUUCCCUAAAAUAUGGAGACAAAAUGUGAAAAAUAUAGAAAGAAACAUGUAUUUUAAUUUGUUUAAGAAAUAAAUAUUACACGGAAAACUCAAUGAUCAGUCAGUAUAAUUAUUUAGAGCAAUGCAAAUCCAAUUCUGCUCUAAGAAAUUAACCAGUAUUAGAUUAAAUUACAACUAGUAGUAACGUAUCUAUUUCAAAAUGUUUAAAAGGAAUGCUUUACCCACUAGUCAAAAUGCCAUUCAAAACAACUACAUUUUGACUUUAAGAAAAAAAUGUAAAGGGUCAUUCUAUGCAUAUAUCUUGCAUUGUAUUCAUUAUACGGUUAAACGUAAUGUUAAAGGAACACUAUAGUCACCUAAAUUACUUUAGCUAAAUAAAGCAAUUUUAGUGUAUAGACCAUUCCCCUGCAAUUUCACUGCUCAAUUCACUGUCAUUUAGGAGUUAAAUCACUCUCAAUCUCUAAAUUGAACUUUAAUCACAUACAGGAGGCUCUUGCAGGGUCUAGCAAGCUAUUAACAUAGUAGGAGAUAAGAAAAUCUUAAUUAAACAGAACUUGCAAUAAAGAAAGCCUAAAUAGGGCUCUCUUUACAGGAAGUGUUUAUGGAAGGCUGUGCAAGUCACAUGCAGGGAGGUGUGACUAGGGUUCAUAAACAAAGGGAUUUAACUCCUAAAUGGCAGAGGAUUGAGCAGCGAGGCUGCAGGGGCAUGUUCUAUACACCAAAACUGCUUCAUUAAGCUAAAGUUGUUCAGGUGACUAUAGUGUCCCUUUACAUUUAUACCAAAAUAUUGUAAUGAUCUAAAUGUCUACUUUGCAGAUUUCCCAAAGAUCUGAGCUUUCUGCCAAUGUCACUUCAACCAGGAAAUUGCUAAGACCUCUCAUCAAAUUGCUUGUCUCCCAUAUUAUUCUACAAGGGGACCAGCGAGCAGUUCCAUGUUGUAAGAUGUCUACUAGAAUAUUAACCGUUCAAAAAAAAAUACACUCUUUUUAGACUAAAUAUUUUAGAUUUAAAUAUUUACUGGAUGCAAGUAACUGGUAGUCUUCUUUUUUUAUUAUUUAGGAAAAGUAGAAGAUUUUAAGGAGACAUUUUUGAAAACAUAGUAGUAGCAAAAUAUAUACUUGCAAAGUAACAAAUAUAUGACAGAUAACCUCUUUAGAAUGCUAAGAAUAAUUUAUAAUUAUCAUGGGAUUGAUUUAUUAUCAUAUUUAAACACAGCCUACAUUUAAAACGAAAACCAAUUUAAAUUUAAUAGAAAUGUUUAUAGUUCAUCAACUUUCAACUCCCUUAAUUUUUUUUAAUUUUUUUUACAAAUUGCUUGUGCUUAGUUAUUUUAAUUCUUUAUUAAGAAGGUUACUUAGAUAAUUCUAACAAUUUAAACAAUGGAAUGUUUGAAUUCAAUCCAGAAAUCUGUUUGAUAUAUAGUGUAUGCAUAUACAAUUUUAUAAAUUAUACUGGUUACACCUCCUGGCUUUUCAAGCAGACAACAAAUCAUUUUACUUCCGGGUUUGGUUAGCUUAGUCGCACUGAACUCAAGAGGCAGCAAUUACACAGAUCACCUUCCUUGCAAAGACUUCUCAUUGAGAUGCAUUGGGAAUUCUGUGAUUGGACAGUCACAGAAAGUCUGGGAUGGGUUAGAAGAAUAUUGCUUGCAAAGGCAGCAGACAAGAGAUCUACAGUUUUUGCAAGCUGUUUUUAGAUAUAACUUCAAUGAAAAAAUGCAUAAUUAAAUACAAGUUUUCUUUUGGGGUAUAUCCACUAAACAGUAUUUUUAAAAUGUAUUUUGUAUUUGGGCAGUGAAGUGUCCCUUUAAGAACUCUGCAGAUAAUAAAAUAUGGGGCGCCAAAGGGUGUACUUUUUAGCAUUAAUAGUUGAAGAUCUUAUAAUUAUUUUUUUCUGGACAAAAGAGAAGAAUAAUUUUAAGAAAACCUAAAAAAGGUAUAUAUUUUUUUUAACAUAGUGGUAUGCUUUUAACUACUGUUAUGACUUAGUUAUUUUUAAUGUAAAGCAAAGAAUCACAAAAAACAGCAACGUUAGGUUAGUGUCUAUCAUGAACAUAAAAGUGUUGGUUUUUUUUCUUCUUUCACAACUUUUUAAAUAGCUUUCUUGAGUGUUUGAAUACAUGAGACACGUAUUCCUUAAAUUCAACAUGUAAAUAGAUCAGAAAUACAGUUCACAAUCCUCAAAAUAUUUCUAUGUUUAAGAACCAGUAUUGUUGUUGUUUUCUGUACACGUAUUUGAUAUUUUGUUGAUACUAAUAUUUUGUUGCAAGCUGUGAUCUCACCAUUUUUAUAAAUGAAUGGGCGAUGUAAAUUUUGGUUUGCGUUACUAUCCAAGUAUUUUCAAAUGUCUGCAUUAUUAUUCAUUAAAAUGGUUCUUAAAAGCCUUUUUCUCAGGUUCCUCUGCAUGUCAUGGGUUCACUGGACCAACACAGUCUCGUAUGAACAGUGAUGGUGUACGCCAAUGUGUUCCCAGUGAUGGGUAGUUGUAUGGGGGGGCAUUCAAUAAAAUACUGACUAUUACCUGUGAAUAGUGUUAAUCUUGUGUUUGGGUGAUGCGCCAUUUUCUAUAAAAGUUUAUAUCCAGGCACCAUGAACAAAACAGUGAUUUGAAGUGGUGCGUUGUGUCUGUAGGCGCAGAAUUUCUCUUUGAAACGCUGCACACUUGGGGUUUAACCCCUUUGCGUCUGGAGGUGUAAAUCCACGUCUACCAGUGUCAUUGCGGUGUCAGUAGACAGUGAGGAACUAGAGUCCCGGGGCUGGCUAAUGUCAAUUCUGUGCAUAUUUCUAUGCGCAAAAUGUCAUUAUUGGCUGAGGGCAAUUACAUGAUGCUCUCAGCCAAUGAGUGACUGACGGGAUUGACAUUCAGCUGUUGCAGCUAUGCAGAAGCUGGUUAUCAUCACAGCCAGCUGCAUAAGACCUUCAGUGCAUGGCGCAGACCAAGGUAAGAGAGCAAAGUAUUACAAAACGGUUGGUGCUAUUACUGCUGAAUGGUCUAAGGGUAUUCCUGGUAUCCUAACCAUUACAGCAGGCUGUAGUGGUUAUGAUGGGUGGAAUAACUCGUUAAAGAUUUAGCAAAUUAUAUAACGUUCAAGUCAGGCACAGCCAAGGCAUACAAUGCAAAUAAGGAGGAAGAAUAGAAACAUUGUUUCAUUUCUCCUCUUCUCUGUAUACUUUGUCUAUUCUGACAUCAAGGCACAAAGGGAGGAGGUUAUAACAAUGACUGACAUGGAGCUAAGAUGGAGGUGCCCAGUUGCAAGAUAAAGAGGCAUUUAUUCUUCUUUUUUACACCUCAUAAAUUUAUAUUUAUUAAAUACAGGGAUAAAUAGAAAACUGAUAUUUACCCUUUGGUACUUGAUCCUAGCAUCUCUUUAACCAUGCAACUCUUGGAUAAGAGGAUUUGUCCUAAAGCUCUGUGGUUCCUAACUCAAUCUACAAUACAAUAUAAUUCACACCGGGCUGACCUUCCAAUUGUCAGGCAGACCCGUUCCCUUUAUCUGGACAGGUCCCUUUGGGCAGUGCCGUGAUUUCCGUCACUGGCCCACCUCCUUUAACCCCACCACUGACAUCCCAAUUCAUAGUACGCUGAUGCUGGAGGUAUGAAUUUGGAUUAGAGAUAAAAAAGCGAGAGAUUAGCAUGGGGCAUGUGUAUUCUUUUGCAUGCAUCAUGUGAGUUUCCCUCCACCACCUCCACAAGAUAUGACACUUGGAGGAGGUAUAACUGUUUUAGUGUUUAGCACGAUUCUGUAAUAAGGCCCAUCAUAAUUGUCAGCACCAAACCCAAUGGACUCCUAAUUCGGAUCUGCAAAUAAUACAUAUUUAUUAAAAAGUCUUAACGAGAGUAGAACAAUUUAAUAACAUUAUUCAACAUUUACACCAUUUUUUUUUUGCUCUAUAAAAGUAAAGUUGGUUUUGAUGAUUGGUCAGUGUCACCUGACUUCAGCAAUGUACAACCCGGCCUAUUCACUAAAUUGGAAAUUGUGUAAAAAUGAGAAUUAAUCUCUAAAUUUUACAUUAAAAUGUAAAAAAUGUCAAAUUUUGCUACUUUGGCAUAACAUUUGCAAAUCAGUUCUCUACAUUUAAAAGUUUACUGAAUAAAACUCCGAAGCUCUUCUAAACUACAACACAACUACUGUCUGCUUCCAAACCCAACUGAAUUGUGUAGAGAAGGGGGGUUAUGUUUGGGAAUUUACUGCAUAGGUUUAAAUGGCCCUGACAUGAUUGAGUUGUAUCUCUGUCUUCAUAUUUCGCUGUCAAUUGUCCUCAGGAACGAGUUAACAUAAUUAUUAAAUCUGUCUGUGGGAAUAAUGCUGGUUUUUAUAGGAAGCACACAAAAUAGCAUUUCUUGGUCCAAUAUGACUACAUCAGUCAUGCCGAUUCUUAAUGCCAAGAUUUUCAUAUGAGGAUGCAAAAAAUAAUUGUGCUUAUCUGUGUGAUUUAAAAACGAGAGAUGCAUAUUGCUGAAAUAGAGUGUCUCCAAACAUCCAGGUUAUGUAAUCCUUAAGAAUCCACUCUUAAAUAAUGCUGUCUUUCACUGCUGAAUCCUUAUGUAUUUAAACUUCUGGAAGUAUACAAUGUAUGCAUUUGCAGGAACUGUGUACAUUUUUAGUAGCUGUUUUGUGCUGAUUUAUUGGAUUUCGCUAGGCUUUAUCUCCGCGUUCUCAUUGUUAAUGACUGAAUUUUGUUACUAUGUAUAUAUACAAAAUAAACAUAUGACCAAUA